AUGGGACGCUCGGCCUGCCCCGCGGAGCCGGCCAGGCGGGGGCCCUCCGCCCGCUCCGCUGGGCCUGCAGAGCCGCGCCGGGACCCGAUGCCCGGCGGCGGCUGGGCCCGGGCGGGGUGGCGGCCCUGCUGGCGCGUGGGCACGGGCUGCCCCCGCCUGGCCACGUGCCGAUCUGGCCGGCUGCUCCCCCGCCCGCCCGCCCGCCCCGGCGGGGAGGAGGGGGGCGAGGCUCGCGAGAUCUGGCAGCGGAGAGCUGGGCUGGCCGGAGGGGCGCCGAUCCUGCCCGCCCGGAGUGGCCACACGCAGCCCGGCCGGCAGCAGCAGCAGCGGCGCCUCCGCGGCAGAGACCCCACCCCACCCCUGGCCAAGGACAAGGCAGGAGGGCGAGAUCAGGCCCUGUCUGUCCUCCGGGUGGAGCGCCCAGAGAAGGAGGCCUCUGCCCCAGACUCCAGAGCAGGUUCCCUGGGGAGGCCUCCAAUCACCGGAAUGGUCCACAGUCAAGGCAGCACAAGGCCCAUGGGCCGGUUCUGGGCCCAGAGCCGCCCCCUCCUCCUGCUGCUGCUGCUCUCCGUAGCCGGGGCCGCAUCUGCCCAGAGCGAUGAGGUGACGGUGAGCACUCAGACGGGCCGGGUCCGCGGCACCCGGAUGUCGGUCCUCGACGGCAACAUCUCUGCUUUCCUGGGCAUCCCCUUUGCGGAGCCCCCCGUGGGGAGGCUGCGGUUCCUGCCCCCUGAACCCAAAAGGCCGUGGGGCGGCACUCGGGACGCCUCCUUGUACCAACACGCCUGCUACCAGUAUGUGGACAAGUCAUACCCGGGGUUCCACGGUACCGAGAUGUGGAACCCCAACCAGGAGAUGAGCGAGGACUGCCUCUACCUCAACAUCUGGGUGCCCUCGCCGCGCCCCAAGAACGCCACUGUCCUGGUCUGGAUUUACGGGGGCGGCUUCUCCAGCGGCUCUUCUUCCCUGGAUGUCUAUGAUGGCCGCUUCCUGACAUACACGGAGAAGGUCAUCUUGGCCUCCAUCAGCUACCGUGUCGGGGCUUUUGGAUUCCUGGCCCUGCCAGACAGCCCAGAGGCCCCGGGCAAUGUGGGGCUCCUCGACCAGCGCCUGGCCCUGCAGUGGAUCCAGAACAACAUCCACUACUUUGGGGGUAAUCCGAAAAUGAUAACCAUCUUUGGAGAGAGUGCCGGGGCAGCUUCCGUCGGGAUGCAUCUCCUAUCUGCCCAAAGCCGGCCCCUCUUUAAGCGGGCGAUUUUGCAAAGUGGGUCCCCCAACGCGCCGUGGGCCACCAUCAGUCCGACGGAGAGCCGUCGCCGUGCCACCCAACUAGCCAAGCUGGUGGGCUGCCCCUCCUCCAAUGAUUCGGAGAUGGUGAGCUGCCUGCGGAACAAAGAGCCCCAAGAACUGAUCGACAAGGAAUGGCUGGUCCUGCCGUAUGACAGCGUCUUCCGCUUCUCCUUCGUACCGGUCAUCGAUGGCAGCUUUUUCCCCGACACACCUGAAUCCAUGCUCAGCACCAAGAACUUCAAGGAGACCCAGGUCCUGGUGGGGGUGGUGAAAGACGAGGGCUCCUAUUUCCUCAUCUACGGGGCGCCCGGCUUCAGCAAGGACAAUGACAGCCUCAUCAGCCGGGAGGACUUCCUGGAUGGGGUGCGGAUCGGGGUGCCCCACGCCAACGAGAUCGCGGCCGAGGCCGUGGUGCUGCAGUACACUGACUGGAAGGACGAGCACAACCGUGAGAAGAACCGGGAGGCCAUGGACGACAUAGUGGGAGACCACAACGUCAUCUGCCCCGUCAUGCACUUCGCCGCCCGCUACGCCGAGCACGGAAACAAGAUCUACACCUAUCUUUUCGACCACCGGGCCUCCAACCUCAUCUGGCCGCUGUGGAUGGGCGUCCCGCACGGCUACGAGAUCGAAUUUGUCUUUGGGCUGCCGCUGAACAACAGCCUAAACUAUACCGAAGAGGAAAAAGCCUUAAGCCGGCGAAUGAUGCGCUACUGGGCCAACUUCGCCCGCACUGGGGACCCCACGGAGCCCUCGGAGAGGGGGCAGGUGUGGCCCCCCUACAGCCUGUCUGAGCAGAAGUAUGUCAAGCUGAACACGCAGCCGCUGGAGGUGGACCGCAGCCUCCGUGCCCAGAUCUGUGCCUUCUGGAACCGGUUCCUUCCCAAAUUGCUCAACGUGACAGACAACCUUGAGGAGGCCGAGCGGCAGUGGAAGGUGGAGUUCCACCGCUGGAGCUCCUACAUGAUGCACUGGAAGCACCAGUUUGACCACUACAGCAAGCAGGACCGCUGCGCGGAGCUGUGAGACGGGAGCGGAGGGGGGAC